AUGCUGCACGAGCUCCUCCUCGCGCUGCUCGGCUUCACCGGCGACUUCGUCCUCGACGCCUCCCCGCCGCGCCGCCGCUCCGCGUCCCAGGAGGCCGGCCGGGAUGGAGACGGAGACAGAGACGGCGAGGUGGGCCCCGCCUUCCGCCUCGCGCCGGACCUCACCUUCCUCCAGCCGUCAGAGAGGACUGCUAUUGAGAGGCUCAUAUCUCUGGGAUUUUACUACAGAGAACUGAACCGCUUUGCAACCGAGUCUCGUGACCUGAGCUGGAUUCAGUCUUCUGUAGAUGUUUCAUCACCUCAUUCUGAUAAAUCUCAGAAGGGAAAAGCAAGAAAAGGGAGUGUGUACAGGAGGGCAAUUGCCAAUGGUAUUACUGAGAUUCUGUCAGUGUACAGAUCAGCUGUUCUACAGGUUGAGCAAAACCUGUUGUCAGAUCCGUUGCCUAUCCUCGCGACAGUAACUCAUGGGUUAAAUAAGUUUGAGGUCCUUCUGCCUCCACUGUAUGAGCUUGUUAUGGAAAUCGAGAAGAAAGACAUCAAGGGUGGACAACUUCUUAAUCUUUUGCACAAACGGUGCCAUUGUGGGGUUCCAGAACUGCAAAGCUGCAUUCAGAGGCUACUUUGGCAUGGACACCAGGUCAUGUUCAACCAGCUGACAUCUUGGAUGGUUUAUGGGAUUCUUCAAGAUCAGUACAGUGAAUUUUUCAUUAGAAGGCAAGACGACAGGGAUGGGGAGAAUGAAUCAUCUCAGCGUGAUGUUUCUGAUAAGUUUAAGCAGAAAUUAGCUAAAGACACAUCCCUGGCUAGUUGGCAUACAGGAUUUCAUGUAUCAUUGGCCAUGUUGCCUGAGUAUAUCCACAUGCGAGUUGCAGAGUCCAUUCUCUUCGCUGGCAAAGCAAUAAGGGUGCUUCGAAAUCCAAGUCCUGGUGCUACAUUGCAGGAACCUGUUAACCAAAGCCAGAACUCUAAAGGAUCUCUUGGAAUGCAAAGCUUUGUAGGAGGUUCUGGUGCUCCAAAAGAACUGCCAAGCUUCUCUAACAUCAGCGCAGAAGAACUACUGCCACAAGCUGAAGCUGAUAAAAUUGAUGUUAUGCUCAAGGAGCUAAAGCAUUCUUCUGAAUUUCACAAACGACCUUUUGAGUCUGCUGUUGGUUCAAUACGUACAAUUGCAGCUAAUCAUCUCUGGCAGCUAGUGGUGGUACGUGCUGAUCUCAACGGUCAUUUGAAGGCAUUGAAAGAUUAUUUUCUUUUAGCAAAAGGUGACUUUUUCCAGUGUUUUCUUGAGGAAAGCCGCCAAUUAAUGCGUUUACCACCUCGUCAAUCUACAGCCGAAGCAGAUCUCAUGAUCCCAUUUCAGCUGGCUGCACUGAAGACUAUCGGUGAGGAAGACAAGUACUUUACCAGAGUCUCAUUAAGGAUGCUAUCAUAUGGUAUGAAAAGUAGCACAUCUCAGAAAGAUCUCCAAAAACCCAAUGCUUCAGAGCUUUCUUCACAAGGAAAAGCUACAUCAGAAUUAGCACUUGAUGGGUGGGAUAGUAUUGCUCUGGAAUAUACUGUCGACUGGCCUCUGCAGCUCUUCUUCACUCCUGACGUUCUGUCCAAGUAUCGCAAGGUUUUCCAGUAUCUCAUCCGAUUGAAGAGGACACAAAUGGAACUUGAGAAAUCCUGGGCAGCUGUAAUGCAUAAAGACCAUGCUGAUUUUUCUGAUUACUGCAAGGAUCGGAAAAAUAACUCUGCAACACAACUGCGUCGACAACGCUCUAAGCCUUUGUGGCGAGUAAGGGAGCAUAUGGCAUUCUUGAUCAGAAACCUACAAUUUUACAUACAGGUUGAUGUAAUUGAGUCACAGUGGAAUGUUUUACAAUCUCAUGUGCAAGAUUCACAUGAUUUUACAGAGCUAGUGAGCUUUCAUCAAGAAUAUUUGUCAGCGCUGAUUUCCCAAUCCUUCCUGGAUAUUGGAUCAGUCUCUAGGAUACUAGACAGCAUAAUGAAGCUUUGCUUGCAGUUCUGCUGGAGCAUUGAGCAAUAUGAAACUCGCCCAAAUAUUUCUGAGAUUGAUCACAUAACUGAGGAGUUCAACAAGAAGUCAAAUUCGCUGUACACUAUCUUGAGGAGUAGUCGCCUCGCGGGUAGUCAAAGAGCACCUUUCCUGAGGCAAUUUCUGAUGAGGCUAAACUUCAACUCUUUCUUCGAGACCACCGCAAGGGGAGUGAUGAAUUCAGGAAGGCUGCGCCCAAGCACUGCAGGUGUUCAGCUGUAA